UACAGCUAAAGAAGAUGAGCAACAAAGCAAAACCAACUGUGGAAUCUUCUGUUCCAUCAGAAAAGGUAGAGGAAGGGCUCAAGCCACCAAUUGAAAAUGGCAUCGAAGAAGAAGCGGGGAUAAAAGUCCCACAGCGUGUGACGAAAAAAGAGAACCAGGUUGUAAAGAAAGAUGCCAAAGAAAAUGGGACAAAUGAUUCCCCUUCUUCUGCCAAGAAACAAAAGAGAAAAAAAUUCCCGUCUAGAGAGGAAAUAUCGAAAGCCAGGGAAGAGAAGAGGAAAGCUUUAAGGGAAAAGAAAGCUCCAAGCCAGAAGAAAGCUAUGAAAUGACACACCCACUGGCCUUCUCAAACUCCAAAAAGUUUUGUUUUUGUUUUAUCUUCCUUAAAAGGUAUUAUUGUUGUUAUGUUACAACAACUAAUGCAUUGAGUAAUGGAAUUCGUUUCUUUACUGCCAGAAAUGCGGAAUAUUAAGUUGUCUAUUUGUCGUUUUUACGUGCUUUUUCCCUCGCCAAUGUGAUAAAGGAUUAAUGUUGGAACUACUAUAAUAUCAUUUCCCACAAAUGCUAUAAGACACUUUUAUCAAAAUAAUACGGAUU